CCUUGUCUAUGCAUGUGUUUUCAUGCAUCAUUUGUGCAUCAUCAGUUGUGGUGCUGAUGCUGAGGAUACUGUGUGCAUGCGCCGAUGAACUCAAUGCAGAGAUUUCAUGCACACUGAAUAACUGCAACAUCAGACAGCGCAAAGACAACUCCAGGCUGCUCCAUGCAGGGUAGCGGCUGAUUUAUGGGCCGCUCUCCAGUGAGCCUUUACAGACUGAAGCUGGGGAAGUUAAAGGUGGUGCGGCGACAGCUGCUGCAGCGGUAUGAGCACCAGCCAUUCGUCUCCUGUCUGGCCGGCCUCUACGGCUGCCAGUGGAGACGCUACCAGCGUGCCAAAGCCCAGCCGAGAGAAUGCUGUUGUAGUCAGUUGGAAUGUGGUAGCUUUGUGCUCCUCAUCAUAACAUUUUUUCUGACGCUGAUAUUCCUCUAUUUCUGGAGUGAGGCGCAGAAUGACUACAAUGACUUUGAUUGGUUUAAUUUUGGGAACUUUGGGUUCUGGUUCCCUUGGUCAGUGGUAUUGCUGGUGGUUGCUGCUGCACUCUUUACCUAUAUCGCCCUUCUGCUGGUCCUAGCAGUGUGCCUUCUCUCUGAGGGACAGAGGCUGUACCUUCACUGGAGCCACAAGAUUGGUAUCCUGGUGACUCUGAUCUUCUCCAUCAGUGCCAUAGCUGUGCUGUCAGACUUAUGGAGCAAAGAAUGGACCACGCUGCUCAUUUCUUUUCAGGUCACAGCACCCUUUCUGCAUGUGGGCGGAGUUUCACUAAUGGCACUUCUUUCUUGGCCAAUAGCCUUACACUUCUUUCGCAUGGACAAGAGAGCGAGGCAGGUGACUCUCCUGAGUUUGUAUUUGGCUGUUCUCUUUGCGCUGUAUUUGGUGCCUUUGGACAUGCAUUCUCUCUGCAUCAAAGAGGAGGGCACAUUGGGGCCAGCGCCAAUCCUCAUUGGACACAGAGGAGCGCCCAUGUUUGCACCCGAGAAUACCCAGCUAUCCUUUGAGAAGGCCAUUGAAUCAGGUGGAGAGGGUUUAGAGACUGAUGUCACAAUCAGUUAUGAUGGUGUCCCAUUCCUGAUGCAUGACAGUACACUAAGGAGGACAACCAACGUGCAUGAAGUGUUUCCAAACAGAACAGAUGACCCAGCAGGGAUGUUUACCUGGGCAGAGCUGGAGAUGCUCAAUGCUGGAUCCUGGUUCCUCCGGAGGGAUCCUUUUGGGACAGUCUCCUCUCUUGAUGUAGAGGAGAGGGUUCAAGUCCAGAACCAAACAGUGCUCACCCUGAAGGAGUUUCUCAACCUGGCUGCCCAGCAUGGAAGACUAGUGAUCUUUGACCUGAGACGUCCACCCCGAGGUCAUCCGUACAGGGACUCGUGGAUCAAUCGCACCCUGGAGGUCCUACACAAUGAGUCCUAUAUUAACUCUAGCCAGGUCUUGUGGUUGCUGGCGGACCAAAGGAGUGUGGUACAGGAGCUUGACCCAGAGCUACAGCAGACAUCUGGAGAUCAAGCCCCCAUAGAGGAGCUACAGGAGGAACAUAUAGUCCGACUCAACCUCCAUUACAGCUACAUAUCACAGGAGCAGAUCAGAAAGUAUGCCUCAGUGAACAUCAGCACAAACUUGUAUGUGAUCAGUCAGCCGUGGCUGUACUCACUGGCCUGGUGCGCUGGCGCUCAUUCAGUUACAACGAACGCUCUACAUGCCCUGAAGAAACUACAGCGUCCUAUGUUCCUCAUGACUCCAGCAGAGUACAGUUUGAUGUGGAUCCUGACAGAUAUUGUGUCUGCUUUCCUCAUCACUGCUGUUUUCAUAUUCCACUGGUGGCGUGAGAGAGGUUUGCCUUUCUGGUCUGGUAGUAGACAGGUGAAUGAGAACGGACCAUACAGCAAGUUCAGGACAGAGUCCUCUGAAGUGCAAGGCAUCCGCUGGAACCCGCUGUUCUUUGACGGGCCGUCACUGUCCCUGGACCCCGACCUCUCCCUGCAUGUCCCCCCUGUGCAUGGCUUCCCUGUGCCUAUCUGACCCCCUCCUCAUGACUCUCAUUACUGAGACUGAGCCCAUAUAUUUCUCCUUCCACAUGUUUCCUUACGGCAGAGCUCAGUGAUGUCUGGUCCAUCUCGAGUGUCACCGUUCGAGAAGAAGCUCAGAGCUCGCCCGUCACACCAAACCUGCCAACCAUUUCAGAGGAGCCACCCAUUUGAGACCUAGAUCUUUGGGAAAACAGCAGCAGAAAGGAAUGAAGACUGCUGACCGUCACCCCGUCCAUUUGCAUAUGAGCUUUAAACUGCUGCAGAUGUGGACCAGAGCGUCUGGUGGGGUUACAUUGGAUGCAAUCCACAUAGCAUAACUGCAAAAACUUUUUUUUUUUUUUUUUUUGUCUAGCCAUGACAAUAGUAAAACCUCAGUGGGUCAAACCUGGACAUAAAUGUGCUGCAGCUGUAAUGAUAUACAGUACAUGGAUUCAUUUGAACAUAAAUGAGAAAUUUGCUCCUAAAUGUCUAUGAUGGUUAUAGUCUUGACACCAUAGUGCUUUGAUAUAUACUACUAUAUAGUACUGAAUGAUUACUAUAUUCAUAUGGUAUUAUAAGGUAUUUUAUAACAUUACAUUGUAAAUGUCCAAAAAAACCAUUGUAGUAUUCUUUUUGUUAAAAAAAAUCAACUAAUUUAUUUGACCAAUUAUCCUCUAAAUUAAUGGCAUAAGAUGAUGAAUUAUCACUCUGUUUGUUGCUUUAGAGUACUUCUGUUAUUAUGUGAAACAAAUGAACAGCUGAAUUUGCUUGUUUAAGGCCCCAAUGCAACUAGUACAAUGUUAAAUAUGGCAGAAGGAACUACUUCAUCUAUAAAGAUUUCAGACACCAGACAAACAUUUAAGAUGUCUGAUUCAUUGCAUGAUGUGAUCAUAUGUAAAAGUUUACUCACAAUCAGGAAGACACAAGACAAUCAGACAAUCUGCAUUUGAACAGAAUUGUUUAUUGUAAUCACAGGUACAGUAAUUUCUGCAAGGACAUGCUUGUUCUCUAAAUUAAUCGACUUCUGAUCAAACAUGCUUUUUGUUAUUUAUUUGCAAGUGAAUAAUAAAUAUGAACAUUAAUCAUUUUUCAUAAUGCCAGGGUAAAACAGCAGCUCAAAUGUUUGCUGACGCUCUUUCAUGCGUAAGCUCCUAAUCAUACACAUCUGCAUGAUAAACAGUGAAGCACUGGACUGCAUACAUGGAGAAGAAACAUCGCUGCCUGUAUAAAAUGCAAUGCGUAGUACAAGUUCUACUUACUGAAUCUGUUUUAUGUAACUUAUAUGUUUGUAAAUAUGAUUGUAAUAUGAUCUUAAACAACAUUCUGAUCAAGUUUGAUCUCUUUUGUGUUACUCUACAUCUGCAGUUAGGACAUUGUAAUAAUAGAAAACGGCAAACUCAUAAAGUUUUUGCUAUUCCUGAGAAUGUCAGCACCAUUAUACCCAAUUAUAAGUCUCUUAAUUCUUAAACUGUAUUGUUGAACCCAUGUCAUAAUCCGUGUGAAUUAUGAAAAUAAAUGACAAACACUGUACACUAUUCUUACUAGAACAUUAGAUAUAAAAUGAUAUUUAUUACUAACAUUGUGGCAAAAUUGCAGUAGUUAUAUCUGCUAUAUAGCACUUUUUAUCUGAUCAGAAAUUAAUUACCACGCCAAAAAAAAACCACAACAACAACAACAGAUGUUUCUGUAGUUUAGGUUAGCUAGGAUGUCACUAUUUAAGCCAAAUUUAGUGUUAAAGGACAUUUGUGGUCCAAAUAAAGGCAAUAUAUAAAAUUAGUAACCCUAUGAUGCUGUGCAUAAAUCAUAUUUGAUACGUCAUUUUCUAAAGCCUCAGCAUCAUCAACACGAUCAAAACUUUAUUGGUCCGUGCUCUUCUGGAAGUAGAAGACCCUGUAAUAUCAUUACCAAAAUGUCCGAUUCGGAUUUGCGAUGAUCAUGUCUUUUUGCUGCGAAGCAUUUGCUGAUUUUGAUAAAGUAAAAGCAACAGUAUAGUGUGCAUUGUUAUUGAUAUUUAGGGGUCCAAGCACUGAAGAUGCUGGAACCCUAUUGUUUUUGUACUGAUUUUCUUCUUCUUCUUCUUCUUCUUCUUCUUCUUAUUAUUAUUUUUCUACCCUAAAAGCGUAUGGGCAGCCAAAAACCUUAAGUCCUAGAGACACCUUGGCAGGAUGGUCCCAAGUCCUCCCUACUACUCAGGCACACACACACACACACACCCAUCCUACACUAGGUGGCACUAUAAUAAGCACUUUUACAUUUUGGUCAAUUCAAGAUGAACAAAACAUAUUUCUCCUAUUUUAUUUCCGGCUAAAAACUUUUCGUAAAAGCUACUUUUGCAAACUAGUCCAAGGGCGUAUGUCCAAUUUGCAAGUAUGAUCUAGGGACUGUCCUGACAAAAAAUUAUCAGAUUUUUUAUUUGUCAAACUGUCGUGUCCCAAGAUUACUCAAUGGGCCAUAUCUUCUCAAUGCAAAGUCCAAAAUUUACGAAACUUGGCAUAAGUUAAUACCAAAUCAUUUUGAGGAUGUUUGCAAAGUUUAGUCUAAUUUCGCUUAUAGGGGGCACUACAGCUAAAUAUUUCUUAAAAAUCUGCAGUCGAGUGAGUGAAAAAGUUGAUAUUUGGUAUUGAUCAUCUUUGGGUCACGUGCUAACAUAUCCUUACAAAAACUAUUAGGCAAGUGAACAAAAAUGGCCGCCAACAGCCAAUCAAAUUUCAGAAGCUAAUAACUUGCGUUACAAAUGGCUGAUCGUUAUUAAAUUUACAGUGCAUUUACAGGUCGCCAAAGUGUAUACCAAAUUUGGUGAGAAUCGGCCUAAAGGUGGUGCUAUAAUGAGCUUAUUUGCAUUUUUGCUAAUAACUUCCAAAUUGUUAGGGCUAGAAUCAAAAUAAUUUUUCCCUCUGAUUUCUUGAGCCAAGGCGAACAAAACAUAUAUCUCCGAUUGUAUUUCAGUCUAUAAAAAUGUGCCGCCAUUUUGAAUUUUUUCGAAAUUAUACACGUAUCAUCUAGGGACCGUCAUGACAAAAAACUGUUUCCAGAUUUUUUUAUUUGUGAAAUCGUUUCAGAGAUACAAAUUAAUGAUUUAUUACAAAAACUAUUUGACAAAUCAACAAACAUGGCCACCAGCAGCCAAUCAAAUUUCAAAUAACUUGCAUUGUGAAUGGGCAAUGGUUAUGACAUUUGCAGUGGAUUUGCAGGUCAGCAAAAUUAGGCUGUAUACUAAUUUUGCAAGAAUAAGCCACAAGGUGGUGCUAUAAUGAGCUAAUUUUUAUAUAUAAUAAAGCCUUCAAAACCACAAAAAUCUGUUUCUUCUGAAUCCAUCAGUGUCCCUAAAUCAUUUGUUCAUGUUCUGGCCAUAAGUGCUUGGACCCAGAUGAUUGCCGCUAUAUUUUAAAUGUAGUAUUGUCUGAAUUAACAAUUUUGCUUUUUUUCUUGCUUACAAUUUUGUACAUUAUUUUAUUUAAAAAAAAAACAUCAUCAAAUGCAUGUGUCAAAUAUAUUACAACAGGCUUUUGAGGUAUAACUCAAUCAUCAUAACAUUCCAUUCAUGCCCACCACAAAAGAAAAUAAAACAUUUAUAAGACAUUUAAAGUCAGAGCUGAUAUUUAUAUGUAUUUUUAUAUAUGCACUCUGCUCAAUCAUUUUAAAGGUCUCAUUGUUUUACAUUAUUAGCUAUUAGGGUUAGGUAGGGUAAGCUACAAACUCUUGAGACCCA